AAGCUAUCUGUCUGUCCAUCUGUCUAUCUGUCCGUCUCAACUCUAUUAGAAGAGAUCUAUUUCCGCACCACCACCACACUACUUACAGUACCGUACCCAAUCCAGCCCGGCCACCAAUCCAUCCAGACCAGACCAGACCAGGCCUGUUCUGUCAGCUUACCAACCUACCAACCUACCCUACUACUCUCUUUCCAUACAAACAGUACUACCCAUUCAUCGCAAUCCCACAAAACCCGCCCCACAUCUGUGAGUACCUAAGCAACCACCCAGAAAUCCACAGAAUCCACCAACCCAACCAACCCAUCAACCUCGUAAAAAAAGCACCAAUCACUCAUCCCCUCAAUUCCCAUAUUUCCGCAAUCCCACUCAGCCUUAAGAUCCAUCAUGGCUCUGCAGUCGAAUCUCGAAUGUUAAAAAUUUAGGAGGGGACUGACGCCGGUUAUUGGAUCGCGAAGGACGAGCUGCGCCGCUGUACGGCGGGUCUACAGUAAGUACUGUAGCGUGGCGAGCGUGGCUGUCAUUUUGUUCGGUAGGGUAGGGUAGGAGGAGAGGAGAGGAGAAAGAUGAAUGUGUUAUCACGUUAGAGAGAGCUUGUGGUGCGGCGGUGUUCUUUACAUUUCUCCUUUUUUGAUUCUUCAUCAUCUUCUUCUUCAAUCUUCUUGCUCUCGUUAAGUCGUUCUUACUAACAAGAUUGUAUUGUAAUCUUACCACUAAUUAUUCCUUUCUCUUUCCUACAGUUCUUCGCGAAUCUCUUCUCCUUAUCUUUUCCUCUCGUUGUGUCACAUUCCUUUUUUGGGCCAGAAUCAUACACCAUGAAAGUUUUCAAUCUUUUAUUCUGCAUUUUUGAGGGUGUCGUCGCAGCGGGUCCCCAAUAUCUCGCAAGACAAACCACAAAAACACAAGAUCAUCCCACACACGUGGGAUGGCAAGCAAGAGCAUCAACGACGGUGCCCGCCCGGAUCGAGAAGCGGGAACUGGCUUCUUCGGUUUGUGGUUGGAUCAAUGGCAUCGAAAGUAAGAAGAAUUUCCACAAUCUAACCCCGGUCCAUUUUUUUCAACAGCUAGAGCUAGAGAUGCUGAUAUCCAAUAUUAUAGCAUCCCCACUCAAUUGUCCGGAUAGCCAUACUUGUUUGAUCGCUUUGAAGGAUAGUAAGGGAAAGGCCAUCAGUGCUGGUGGAUGUUGUCCCAGCAAGGGUUGUGCAACAUUUAAGACGGCAUGUUCAGCAAGCAGAGAUCUAUGUGACGAUGAGUGCAAAGCCAACCCCGCGAUAUUACACUGUAACGACGAAAAUGAUGGGACACUUUGUGCGAAGUAUGUGUAUUCCGGAGGCAUUUCGGAUUUCAGAUGUGUGAAGACCGCGUCGCAAGCGACGUACAUCGCUUUCACUUACACCAAUUAUUCAACACCCAUACCGUUACCGCGAGUCGCUUCAAGUAUCACGAUUUUUAACGGUGCUUCCAAUUCUGGGAGAUGCUUAGCAAGUAUGGAUAUUCGAACCCAGCUGGUGGUCACUACCACUACAACUAAGCCAACUUCUCCUACGACAACAUCGAUGACUUCAAUAGAGUCAACCUCGACGGAUCCUAGUUCAGUGAGUAAUGCCUAUGAAUUUCCGUAAGAUGUUACUAACUUACGCAGCAGAUACAGAGUACUCCGAGCCCUCCCCCUACUGAAACAUCCCCGCCAAUUUCCCAGAAACCACAAAGUCCAACACCGGCGAUCGUGGGUGGAGUAGUGGGAGGACUAGGGGUGCUUGGUGCUAUUUCUGGAGCCAUCUUCUACGUAUUCCUUUGGAAGAAGCGAGGAGUCCGGAACGAUCAUCAUCAAAUUUUGUCAGACGACGAAGACAACCCAAGUGGCGUAAGAUUACCGGGAAAUACUGCUUUGGGCACAUUCAAUGCUGGACUGGGAGCGACUGGACAUCAGCCAGCCUCAUUCCAUGAUGAUCCCGUAAGGAGCACUCCAGAGCACUCGUCAGAAAGAUUUGAAAUGAGGGGAAUACAGAUGCAGCAACAACAACAGCCCUUGAUAAUGGAAUUGGACGCGAGUGAAGCACAACAAAAUAGGAGGUGAACACAACAGCCGCACGAUACCUUUCUUUUGCACCCAUUCCUCGUGGAAGUCUUGUACGGCCAUGUUUCGGUACAGGCACAGAGCCUCGUCCGGAGAGCAUCACAGUGUUGCACCCGCCUCUGAAACGUAAUUUUAGGACAGCUGGAAAGCCAUUUUGACAUGGAUUCCCCGGAAUUGGUUCUCGCAUAUAUGUAGAAAAGUGAGGAGAGAAGGUUCACCGCUGUUUCCAGUCGGAAUUUCGCUUCUUGCCAUUUUCUUGUUGGGACAGCCGAACAUGAUAUCAAGCAUGUUCCGGUGUGGGGGACGACUCAGAGCGGACCGAAACGGAAUGAUACAUCUGCAGAGAGCCGUUGUAUGCAGGGUUUCGUGGUACAUUCCGAGGGCUUCCUUCUGCGGGAGAAGUUGAAGAGAGGUCACAGAAGUCUGUCAUAUUUCUAACUAAGCGACCAAAUGAUAAAGACUCAUCGCUUCGAAAUCGAUGACUUGAGUGGUUGAACGAGAGGAAGUAGAGACGAUAUUUUCAACCCGCAUAUACGAAUAAUAAAGGAGUGGCAGCAAGGAAGGUGUUUUGCUAGUUGAGUUCUCUCAAUAAAAAACCUACAACCAUCAUCCACGUCUGCCACGUCUGCCACGUUUGGCUCUGAGAGGUUCUCAAAACGAGUACGUUCUCUUGGCAUACAGCAUGAGGAAUCUGAUAGACAUGGAUGUGGCUUCUCGAAGAACGGUAAACGCGGUUCUAGCCAUGACGGGUAUUGCUUCUUUGGGGUAGUCACGCCGCUGGGCUCUGAACCAAGAGACAUGAGGGAUCAGCGACCAUUCACAGACCCUUCCCCAGUCUCAAAUGCAAAAGAAAGAAAAAAUCGCAUGGCGUGUGUACUGGGCGUCGUUAGUCGUUCGUAACCCCACCGUUACACUAACGUUGGUAGUCCACUAGGUCUUUGCGGGAGCACCGGAUGGUAUGGAGCUUGAGCUUGGAAGCGAUGGCCACCGACUGGCUCCAGGUUGCUGGGAGGGGCGCCCGAUGAUCCCAAAGUGCUUUGAGGAGGCGAGGGAGCUCGAGAGGAGGUAUGACAGGAUUGAUUGUAGUGGUGCUAACGGAGUCGAGGGUGUGGUGUGUGGUGGAAGCAUCUCCGUUUCAACUCUGGUGCAGAGGCACCGUAUCCCCCCUCCCUUCGUACAAGGACGAUUCAUAGGCCACCGUUCGAUUUGGCGGGCGCUCCCCACGCAUGUUCAUUUGGGUGUUGCUGCAGUCAGACCGAUUGCUCCAGAGGGAGCCGAGAGCCCCUAUUUGGCCAUUUGGGGAAUUUGGAUGUCAGGAGAUUUCAUGAGGCGAAGGCAGGGGCAGAUUGGGUCUGGCUAGAUUUCAGAUUGCCGGGCGUGCUCUUCCCCUUCUGCUGGUCUCUACUUGAAUGAACGGAAAGGGCGCUUAACCUGGGGAGUGGUUGCCGUUUUGGACGGGGAUCGAUUAAAUGUUUUAAGGUUCUGUCAAGUACGGGCGGGGACUUCGGUACUGUAAUGACCUCGGCAGACUUGACGACGGAGAUGGGGAUGGAUAAGGCGAUAAGAGACGAGUGGUAUGAGUAGGUAUCCAUAAGUGCUCGUAUCGUGCGGUGUCAUACUUAUAUGAUUAUAUAUAUAUAUGCUGUAUAUAUUAUUUUGUGGUACUGCC